GACUUGCCCUUACCUUGGAGCAGAUGAGCUAAGUUCUUGUUUUGGGUACAUUUCCAUUUGUCCCUUAUCUUGAACAGAUCACUUCCCCAUGACUAUGGGGCUGACUGGAGCCACUAGCCUCUGCCGGGAGGAUGGGCCAAUUUGGAUAGCCCAUCUCAGGUUUAAAUGGUGAUGGAGGCACUGAGUGCAGCAAACACUAGCUUUGCCGUUGAUUUUUUCAAACAUUUAUGCAAGAAUCAAAGCAACAAAAAUGUACUGUUUUCACCAUGGAGUAUUUCAUCGCUUAUGGCCACUCUCUACCUUGGGGCCAAAGGCCACACUGCACAGCAGAUAACAGAGGCGUUUCACUUUAAUAAAGCUGAGGGAACUGAGACUGCCUAUCCCCUGAGGCACCCACGAGUAUAUUCCAAAAUGGAGGAGCUUUUGAAAAACUCAUGCAUCUCACUUCAAAAGACCUCCCCUAAAACACAAAGUAACAUCCAUUCAAGAUUCCAAGCCCUUAAUCAAGAAAUCAACCAACCCACAAAAAAAUAUCUGCUAAGAAGUAUCAAUCAACUAUAUGGAGAUGGAUCAGUGUCUUUUCAAAGAGAAUUCUCAGAAUCAAUGAAGAAAUACUAUAAUGUAGAGCCACAAACAGUAAACUUCAAAGAAACUGCAGAAGCAGCAAGAAAAGAGAUCAAUUCAUGGGUUGAACACCAGACAGCAGGUAAAAUUCAUAACCUGUUGAAUGAGGGAUCUAUAAAUCCUCUUACCGAGCUGAUCCUGGUGAAUGUACUAUACUUCAAAGGCAACUGGUCAAACACCUUUAAGAAAGAGGACACCACGGAACAACCUUUCAGGUUGGACAAGAACACAAGUAGGCCAGUAAUGAUGAUGUUCCAGCAUGACAAAUUUAACUGGAAGUACAUAAAUGAAGUACAGGCCCAGAUUCUUGAGCUCAAGUAUGUUGGUAAUGACCUCAGCAUGUUUAUACUACUUCCUGAUGACAUCAGUGAUGACAGCACUGGCUUGGAAAUGCUGGAAAACAAAUUAACUUAUGAGGCCUUCUCCAAAUGGAGUAGCCCUGAAGAUAUGGAAGAAGUUGAAGCAAAUGUUUAUCUCCCUAAGAUGCAAUUAACCAUCCACUAUGAACUGAAGUCACUGCUGAGCGACAUGGGAAUAACAGAUGCCUUCAGCAUAGAAAAAGCUGAUUUCACCGGGAUGUCUGCAAAAAGCAAUCUGGGUGUGUCCCAAAUUUUUCAUAAGUGCUUUGUUGACAUCAAUGAAGAAGGAACAGAAGCGGCUGCUUCAACUGCUGCUACUAUAGAUGGCCGAAGUGACCAAGAUGCAAUUUUAUUUGCAGCUGAUCACCCAUUCCUUUUUUUCAUCCGGCACAACAAAACUAAAUGCAUCCUUUUUUGGGGGAGGUUCUGUUCCCCCUGAAAGAUUUCGACCUGAUCUUAGCAAAUAGAAAGUAAGUUACAGCAGAAGCAAUGGGCAAAACCCAGGCAAUAUUUUGUCAGCUAUGUCUAAAUAUGGUGGGUUCUUUUCAUUUUCCGGCAUCUUUAGAAACUGUAGCAUAUGGCUACUGCUGAUAUCUCAGAAAAAAGUCAAGUCAUGGUCACUGGUUCUCCCAAGGAAGCAUCUAAAACCACAAGCAAAAGUUUGUUUUUUAUUAUGUCUUUUUUGUAAACUGAGUUUUAA